GCUAGUUCAAAAAUUAACUUAUUAUUAUAUAUUGUUGUAAUAUUUUUGUAAUUGGAAUAGUAUUAUGUUGGGCUCUACCACACGCAGUCGGUGAAAGGAAGGGACCGGCAAACUACCUACUUCUCUCCACCAUCCUCCUAACCGCGUUGUACGUGAAGGUGGUUAAUUAGAGUAAAAGAAAAGGAGACUAUUCCUAAAUCUAACCACCAAGUUAAUUUGUGAAGGAAAAAUACCUAGAUUAACGGUAUCUUUACUUUUAAUCUCACAGAAGAACCCACAAAUUCAUUCUUCAUAAAAGCAACCAGAUCUAGUAAUCAUGGAUUAUCUUCAAACAGCUAUUUCCACGAUCGGACGUCUUGGUGACAAGAUCGACAGCUACAAGUCCUCCUUGAACCUUACCAAUCCUGGUACUACUGAAAAUUUGUCAAAGGAAGUUUCGAAAGAUCUUUUGCUAUCAAACUAUGCAUUUACCGGUAUUCGUGCUGAUGUAACAAAGGGGUUCUCCACUAACCCUUGGUUUACUGUUUCUCAUGCAUUUGCUCUUGGUAGCCAAAUGUUACCCCCUUACUCCUUCAGCACCAUGUUUGGUGGUGAGCCAUUGUUCCUCCGUGGUAGUGUCGACAACGAUGGUGCUGUGCAAGCCAUGUUGAACUGUGCUUGGGGUCCUAAUGUUAUUUCGAAGGUUCAGAUGCAACUUGCCGAUGCUGCUAUUCCUAGCAUGUGCCAGAUCGAGCAUGAUCACAGAGGAAAAGAUUUUUCUUUUAGCGUUAAGGCAAUGAAUCCUUGGUAUGAAGACAAGCUGACUGGUAUCUACAUUCUUUCUAUGCUCCAAUCUCUUACUCCUAAAUUGUCCGUGGGUGUUGAAGCUCUUUGGCAGAAGCCUUCUGCUUCUAUCGGACCCGAGGAAGCUGCUUUGAGCUAUAUGGCACGCUACAACGCUGGCGAUUGGAUCGCUACUGGUCACUUGAACGGUACCCAAGGUGAUGUUAUUGCCACUUUCUGGCGCAAGUUGAGUGAAAAGGUCGAGGCUGGUGUCGAAUGCCAAUUGUCACCCGUUGGUUUGAACCGUUCAGCUGCCAUGAUGACUGGUCCUAAGCCUGAAGGUCUUACUUCGGUUGGUCUCAAGUAUGAGUUUGCCCAAAGCAUCUAUCGCAGUCAAGUUGACAGCAAGGGUAAGGUUGGUGUUUAUUUGGAGCGCCGCUUGGCUCCUGCCAUCACUCUCGCUUUCAGCAGUGAAAUUGAUCACCCCAAUAGAAACGCCAAGGUUGGUCUUGGUUUGAGCAUGGAAUUGCCCGGAAAUGAUGAAAUGAUUCAACAGCAACAACAAUUGCUUUCUGGUCAAGUUCCCGCUGGUCAACCUGCUGCCCCCUCUGCUUAAAAUUCUUGGAUGAUUAAUCUGUUUCUUAAUGAGAUAGCAUAUGAAACAGUAUUGUAAUCUAUAAAAUUCUCCUAUUCAUUUCUUUACUUACCCCUUGGAAGAAGUAUGUAGCUAAACCCGUUGUUUAACAGGAAAGAUGGUUUGUUUUUUUUUUGGGGGAAGUUACUUUU